UCCACCAUGCUUCAUGAUCUGAGUACUAAAAAAUGCUACAUGGUUCUGGCAGUGUUGUUUCACUGAAAUAGAAAACUUCUCUUCCACCUGGGCCUCCCAGCUGGAAUUCAUUCCUUAGAAAAUGUUCCCAACAAGCCUGGUUUUGUUGAUCAUUGGAUUAUUUUCAGGACUAGAGUCCAGGUGUUCGUCUACUAUAUUUUAUAAGAAUUGUUGGAUUCAACGCUUCCCGGGGUUUUUUAUAGAUAUCAUAGAGUCACAGAAAAAAGGAGCUCAGUUAAUAAAGCUCUACCGGGAAACCUCUGCUCAGCAGUGUAGUAGGAAAUGCUGCCUCUCUAAGAAUGUGUCUUGUAACUUGGCCAUUUUUUAUUUUGAAACAACCAAGGACAGUAGUAACUGUUUCCACUUAAACUGUCCGGUCAUAGAAAGUUGCUUACUGAGGACAACAGCUCAUGUAAUUUUAUAUAAUAUCACAGAAGGUAUUGACCCUGACUUGCUUGUUUUUGGAACAUAUCCUACUAAGGACAGGGAUUCAGAUUCUUCUUCUUCAUGGACUAGCUUAACUAUGACAUCAAACAAUUCCAGAACUCCAGUUUCAGACAGACGCAAGCACAGCAGACUCAGUUUUUCUCCACCACCUUUUCAGUCUUCCAGUCAAGCCAUUAAUCUGCAUACAGCAUACUCCAGCUAUGAUAACAGAAGUGCUAUGACUGGUUUCCCUGCAGUUACUUCUGAAUCUGCAGGGCGUUCAGUUGCAGUGAACAGAGUUACUAGACGUCCAAAAGUUACCUCAAGCCCCAAGGAUGGAACUUCUGUUUCAACACAAUCAACACCAGUUGCCUUGGUUGCCAAUCCAUUUUCAGAUGUUCAUAUUCCAGCCCAACUUGACAGUAGUAAACAGCAACCCAAUGCUACAAAAGGGCAUUCUGGGAAGAACAACACCUCUGUUAAUGAGAAUGGCACUCUGAGGCCCACAUGGAUAACUGUUUCAAAUACACUUCUAAUUCCUGUAGUGCUUUCCACUAUCAUUUCUUUCAUCUGCUACUGCACAAUCCUUUUGGCAGCAAGUCACCGCAAACGGAAAAGAGGCCAUUACAAACCAGUAUGGAAAGGAGAAUCUAGUUCAACACGAAUGAUAAGAUAUGCUAUUAUUAAAGAUAACCUAUAAACUGUGACUGGAAGAAAUUCAUUAAAGUGCCUAGUGCAAUCUAGCAGAAAUAAAGCAUUUGAAUGUCCUAAUUAAAUUAAAUGAAGAAUAUAUUUUUAUAUAUAAAAACAAGUCACAUUAUCCAGUUUUGGAGAGACUGAUUUAGAGCAUGAUUCACAUGAAACAGAAUAUGCAGCACAUAAAUAUUAUCUUGCAGUACAAUAAAUGAUCAACAAAAUUGCUUCAGUAAAAAAACAGUAUUCACAGUAAUAGUUCAUGUAGCAGAUAACCCUCAAAUAUUGAUUUUGUGUAAUACUACUGUACAACUUUCAAUAAACCUCUCCAAGCAUUGUCA